AUGAAUGCACAAACGUCAACAGAAAACCUUUCAACAGCCUCAAAACCAACGACAUCAUACAAUAUUUAUUUAUCACGACAACGUAUGGCUCAAAAUUAUCUUCUUGUCUGGGUAGAUGCCAACAUCGACGAAACAAACGAUGACUGCCAGAAUACUUUAUCUCAAUUGAAAUCUAUCGUCAACAAAGUCAACCUAUGUACUCAACCAGACCAGUGUAUCCAGUUGCUCAAUCAAGUUGAUGAUGAGCGAGCCUUCGUCAUUACAUCAGGCUCUCUAGGUGAACAAUUGGUUCCAGAAAUUCAUGAUAUGUCACAAUUAGAUGCAAUUUAUAUCUUCUGUAAUAACAAAACCAGACAUCAAGAAUGGGCUCAAAAUUGGACAAAAAUCAAAGGUGUUCAUACAAACAUCAACGACAUUUGUCAAGCAUUGCAACUGGAUGUUAAGCAAUGCAAUCACGAUUUGAUUGCUGUAAGUUUUGUCCCCAUAAACGAAAUGUCUUCGACUGCUGAUUUAAAUCAGUUGGAACCAACUUUUAUGUAUACUCAAAUAUUCAAGGAAAUUCUCAUUGGUAUGGAUCAUGGUGACAAGGCAAUCAACGACUUAGCAGUAUAUUGUCGUCAACUCUAUAUCGACAAUAAUUAUGAAUUAGAUAUUAUUAAUGAAUUUGAACAUAAUUAUCAUCCACAACAAGCAAUAUGGUGGUAUACGCGUGAGUGUUUUACUUAUCAAAUGCUGAAUCGAGCACUUCGAAUUCUUGACGCUGAUACAAUCAUUAAUAUGGGUUUCUUUCUACGUGAUCUUCACCAACAAAUUCAACAACUGUAUCAACAGCAAGUCAAUACUUAUGAUAGAACAUCUUUUCUAGUUUAUCGAGGACAAGGUUUGAUGAAAACAGAUUUUGAAAAACUUGAGAAAACACAAGGUGGACUGAUGUCAUUUAAUAAUUUCUUAUCCACAAGUAAAAGUAAAGAAGUGUCUCUCGAUUUUGCUCAGCAUGCUUCAACAAAAUCAGAUAUGGUAGGCAUUCUCUUCAUAAUGUCGAUUGAUCCUUGUAUUAAAUCAGCACCAUUUGCCUACCUCAAAGAGGAGAGUUAUUUUGAGAAAGAAGAAGAAAUUCUCUUCUCAAUGCACACUGUCUUUCGAGUGAGUGUAAUUAAAGAAAUGGAUGAUAAUAAUCAACUUUAUCAAGUUGAAUUACAGUUAACGUCGGAUGAUGAUCAACAACUACGAUUACUUACCGAUCGCAUACGUAAAGAAGCUGAUGGUAGUACUGGAUGGCAUAGAUUGGGUAACUUAUUGCUUAAAAUCGGCCAAUUUAAUAAAGCUGAAGAACUUUACAAUGUAUUACUUGAACAGACACCUGAUGAAGUUGAAAAGGCGCAUUAUUAUAACCAGUUGGGAGGUAUCCAUUGGAAUCAAGGUGAUUAUGAAAAGGCCAUUUCUUAUUACAAACAAGGGCUUGAAAUUCAAGAAAAAACUCUUCCUUCUAAUCAUCCUUCAUUAGCUACUUCAUACAACAACAUCGGUUUGGUAUAUUACGACAUGGGAGAAUAUGCAGCAGCACUUUCAUUUUACGAACAAGCAUUCGAAAUUCAACAAAAGACGCUUCCUCCCAAUCAUCCUUCAUUAGCUACUUCAUAUGGCAACAUUGGUAGUGUGUAUUACGACAUGGGGGAGUACUCGGAAGCACUUCUGUCUCAUGGAAAAGCACUUAAAAUUCAACAAAACACUCUUCCCUCAAAUCAUCCUGAUCUGGCUACUUCAUACAACAAUAUUGGUUUGGUAUAUGACAACAUCGGAGAGUAUUCGAAAGCACUUUCAUAUUAUGAAAAAACACUUGAAAUUGAGCAAAAAACUCUUCCUUCAAAUCAUCCAUCGUUGGCGACUUCAUAUAAUAACAUUGGUAGUGUUUAUGAUAAUAUGGGAGAGUACACGAAAGCACUUUCAUAUUACGAAAAAGCACUUGUAAUUCGACAAAAAAGUCUUUCUUUAAAUCAUCCUUCAUUGGCUACUUCAUACAAUAAUAUCGGUUGGGUUUAUAGAAAUAUGACAGACUAUGCGAAAGCACUUUCAUUUUAUGAACGUGCUCAAAACAUAUGGCAAAGUGCACUACCUCCAAAUCAUCCUGAUAUUACAGACGUAAAAGAGAGUAUUGAAAUUGUAAAAAGUAAAUUAUAA